UAUACAAUGACUAAAGUUUGCAGAGUUACUUCCCUUUAUCAUUUGUUCACCAAUGUUGAGUCAGUAAAAAAAUUGGAUUUUUGUUGACGUUUCCCUUUUUUCCUGGCAAGGGACAUCCAUCUCACUUCAACAUCGCCAUAUCAUUUCGAACAGAAUAUGGAUUGGAAACCAGUACCAUUAAGCUAUGACCCAUUAAAGGCUGGCAGCAUAGAUGGUACAGAUGAUAUAGCCCAUGACAGGGGUGUUAUACGAGCCAUGAACUCCAAGUAUAAACCUAACAAGGGUGUUGUUGGUCAACCUGAGCAUACAAUAUUUGUAGGGAGACUUAGUCCAAAUACAGAUGAGGACUCUCUUGGAUAUGUGUUUAGUGAUUAUGGUGAAAUAAAAAGACUCCGACUUGUACGAGAUAUUGUUACUGGGUUUUCCAGAUGCUAUGCUUUCAUAGAGUAUUUUGAUGAAGAUUGCGCAUAUAAAGCACAGAGAGAUGCGGACAAAACUAUUUUAGAUGAAAGAGAAAUUUAUGUUGAUUUUGAAUGUGAGAGGAGUUUAAAAGGCUGGAUACCGAGAAGACUUGGAGGGGGGAUUGGUGGAAAGAAAGAAUCUGGUCAAUUAAGAUUUGGUGGUAAAAAUAGACCAUUUAAAAAACCUUUCAACAUUAAUACAGCAAUAAAACCUGAAGGUGAUUCAUUUAGAGAGAGAUUAAGUUUAGUAGAGAGAAGUGAUAGAUCAAAUCAUAGAAAUGACCGUUACACAGCAUCAGAUGAUGUUAAAGGGAGAGAUUAUGAUAGAAAUAAACAUAGAGAUAGAAGAAGACGAUCAAGAUCUCCAGAUAGAAGUCAAAGUUCAAAAGACAGAACAUAUCACUCUAAAGAUAGACAUUACAGAUCUAGAAGCAGAGACAACUAUAGAAAGCAUUAAAGUUAAACAAUGUUUUAAAUAUGAAAUAUUACUUUUGUUUUUUUAUGUAAUGUUUUUUAGGAACACAACACAACACAACACACACACACACACAAUACUCGUGUUAAUACAAUUCUUCAUUGUUUAAUUUUCAUUUUUGAGCAAUUUUAUACAACAUUCUCCCUUAAUACAUGUACAUGUUUAUUUAGUGAUGACUAGAUAAUAAAUAACAACUUAUUUUCUAACAAAUU